UCCAACUCGUUUUUCCCGUUCGUUCAACUCUCUCUCGCAAAUUCGCAGCAACGGGAGAUUGUCUCCCUAAUCGCCCACCGGAAUCGCCCUCAUCUCCUCCGGCUUCCAGCCACUGCGCGCUGAGCCGCCGGCUUUCACAGUCGCGACCAAUUAGCGAUCUCCGGCGACGAGAACACCAAAGAGCACGCUUCAACCACCGCCGUCCGCUCCGUCACAGGCUUGCAACCACCUCGGACAGCAACCGCAAGCCAAGGCGAGUCACCGUUCGCGUCUGUUCAGCCGCCACGAGCCGUGAUCUUGUACCGUGCUGAUACGAACCGUCCAAGGUCUACUGUGCACGCACCGGGCAGCGGAGACGAGCCGAUGAGCACCGACGAGCCGUCCGUGGUCCGUACGCGAGUGGCCGAGGUCCGCUUUGUUACAUGUAAUUUCCCAACGAGAGUGAUGGGCCAAGUGGAGAGUGUGGCAAUGACUGAAAAUCAGAGCAGUGAGAAUUCUUCACUCGAUUCGUUAAUGGCUGAGUAUGGGGAUGAGAAGGCCUUGGAUUGCCCGUGCGUAGCCCACUUGAAGAGCGGGCCGUGUGGGGCCCAAUUUUCGGAGGCCUUUGUGUGUUUUCUCAAGAGCACGGCCGAGGAGAAAGGGUCCGACUGCGUGCACCCUUUCGUGGCCCUGCAGAACUGUAUCAAGGCCAAUCCUGAUGCAUUUUCUAAAGAUGUUGUGGAGGAUGAUGAAGUUAAGGAGAAAGCGGAGCCACACUACAAACUCCGUCCCCCAUUGUGGUCCGUGGAAACCAUAUCUCCCAAGGAA